AUGACCCCAGUAGCACGCUCGAUACUUCGAGCAACCGGCCAAACCCUCCCUCGCUGCACCUGCAACCUCGCCGUCCGCCCCUUCACUCUCCAGCGCCCUCAAUCCCGCUCGUAUGCCGCUCCUCCCCCUCCGCCGUUCGAGGAACAGAUCAUACAGGCUGCGAGGAAGGUUCUGGAGGAGGGAGACAAGAUGGACGAGGGGUCGAUUGAGGCGGCGAAGCGGAGUAAGCAGUUGGAGACGCUGAGGGCUGCGCUGAGAGACGUCGAGGCGGCAGAAGAAACCCUUCUCGAACUCCUCCAACUCUCCGCCUCCGAAUCCGAUCUCGACCUCCGCGACCUCGCAGAAGCCGACAUCCCCGAUGCCGAAACUCACCUCCGCGAGGCCCGACGAACACUAGUCUCCGUCAUCGCCCCUCCACCAGCAGCCAACUCUCUCUCCGCACUCGUCGAGCUCAAAGCCGGCGUAGGAGGGUCCGAGUCGGCACUGUUUGCGGCCGAGUUGGUCAAGAUGUAUCAGCGGUUAGCGACGAGACGAGGGUGGAAAGCGAGCGUGGUCGAGUACACGUCGCUCGAAGGAGCGGGUUUCGGGAACGCGUACAAGGAAGCACUGGUCGAGGUCAGUGGAGAUGGAGCGUUCGGAUACUUGAGGCGAGAGGCGGGUGUGCAUAGGGUACAGCGUGUUCCAGCGACGGAGAGUCAAGGACGAGUGCACACGAGUACGGUCGCCUGCAUCGUCCUGCCGUCCGAGUCGGGCAAUCAGCAGAUCGAGGACGACCUCUUCGAGAUGAAGGACGUCAAGGUCGAGACGAUGCGGUCGCGCGGUGCCGGUGGUCAGCACGUCAACAAAACAGAGUCGGCUAUCCGCCUCACGCACUUGCCGACCGGCGUAACCGUCUCGAUGCAAGACUCGCGUUCGCAGCACGAGAACCGAACAAAAGCUUUCCAAGUCCUCCGCGCUCGCUUGCUCGACCGCAAGAUCCAGGCAGACCAAGAAGCGCGGCGGUCGAUGCGCCGUACACAGUUCCGCGGCGCAGACAGGAGCGAGAAGAUCCGGACUUACAACUUCCCUCAGGGUCGCUUGACGGAUCACCGUAUCCCGCUUACGCUCUCGUCGCUCGAGGACGCGAUGGAAGGAGGCGAGACGCUCGACAUCAUCAACAGCGAGCUGGAGGAGAUGGAGAACCGCGAGAAGAUGGAGGACAUUUUGGCGGGGAUUGAGGAGAGCUAG